CUCCUGGUCCCUGCUCCUGCUCCAUUGGCACAGCCUUUGGAGUGUUUAACAUCAGCUACACCAGCCCAGUAAGGUUGCUGCACUCAUGUCCACACCAGUGUGCUAAGAUUCCUGUGUGGAACUUUUGUCUGAGACCCUUGGAUGAACUGCACAGUUAAGAGUGGGACACGGGGUUUGUGAUUCCAGAACAGUUGUGUGCCAUGGAGCAGAGUCUUAUGUCACUGGGCCCAUCAGAGUCCACGGAGUCUGAGGUCAUGUCCCUAUCUUGUUUCUAUAACCCUCACCAUGGUUCCUUGAUACAUGCCACCGGACAUGCAGAAGUGUGGACGGACUGGAACAGCACAUCCAAGUUUAGCCAGUAUGGCUGGAGAUGCACCACCAAUGAGGAUGCUUACUCCAACAAAACCCUUAUGGGGAAUUGGAACCAGGAGCGGUAUGAUAUCCGGAAAGUCGCACAGCCCAAACCGCUUCCUUCCCAGUAUGCUCACUACUUUGAAUCCGUUUAUUCGUCAGAUUACAACAAGGAAAGGCAUCACGGCUCAAGAAGAUUUAAACGAGAACCUCAUUGGUUUCCUGGACACCAGCCUGAACUGGAACCCCCUCCAUUCAAACCGACUGCACAGUCCUGCUACAUGAUAGAUUACGGACCUCCUCAAGGCAGAACUCCCCUCAUUUGUGAAAUGCUGGGGAAAGAACAGGAGGGGACACAGCAGAAGCAAUAGGAGCAGAGAGAGGCUGUUAACUUGAGAUCAGCCAUGUGGUUAGAAUGACUCCAACCUGUCUGCUGCUAAGGGGCCAUCCUUCAAGUCGUAAAACAUUUCUGAUAUUAAAACACAGGGCAUCAGAGUGACAAGUAAAUGAUUUCUGAGGCUUAUACCCUAUU